CUUGUGUUGCUACCGCGUCACAGGGAGAGACGACUACAAGAAGUAUUUGGGAUUGUGUAGAAUGACACCAAAGCUGGUAAAUAUUUUGAAGCAGAUGGACGCGAGAGAACCUUUUCGAAUUGAGAUGACUGAUGCCCUUCUAGAAAAGCUAUACAACAUCGGUGUUAUAUCAGAACGGAAAAGUUUAGCAUUGUGUGAAAAAUUAUCAGUGUCAUCUUUCUGCCGACGUAGACUCUCCACUGUCUUGGUGAGGCUAAAGUUUGCUGAACACUUGAAGGAAGCUGUGACAUAUAUAGAACAGAGGCAUGUUUGAGUUGGACCAGAUAUUAUUACCGAUCCAGCAUAUCUAGUUACCAGAAACAUGGAAGACUUUAU